AUGGUUGCUCCUUCCGUCAAGUCGACCGUCCCCACUGUGGACCAGGUCAUGGUCCCUGAGACCCUUCUCAAGAAGCGCAAGACGCAGCAGAAGGACCAGGAGGCUCGUGCUGCCGAGCUCCAGAAGAAGCGUGAUGCCAACAAGCAGAAGCGUGAGGUUAUCUUCAAGCGCGCUGAGUCCUACGUCAAGGAGUACCGCGACCAGGAGCGCGAGAAGGUUCGCCUUUCCCGCGUUGCCAAGCAGGAGGGUUCUUUCUACGUUCCUGAGGAGCCCAAGCUCGUCUUCGUUGUCCGCAUCAAGGGUAUCAACAAGAUUGACCCCAAGAAGCGCAAGACCCUGCAGCUCCUCCGUCUGCUCCAGAUCAACAACGGCUGCUUCGUUCGCCUGACCAAGGCUACUCUGGAGAUGCUUAAGAUUGUCGAGCCCUACAUUGCUUACGGUUACCCCAACCUUAAGUCCGUCCGUGAGCUCGUCUACAAGCGCGGCUACGGCAAGAUCAACAAGCAGCGCAUUCCCCUUACCGACAACGCUCUCAUCGAGGAGCACCUCGGCAAGCACGGCAUCGUCUGCAUGGAGGACCUGAUCCACGAGAUCUACACCGUUGGCCCCAACUUCAAGCAGGCCUCCAACUUCCUCUGGCCCUUCAAGCUGUCCAACCCUACUGGUGGCUUCCGCCCCAGGAAGUUCAAGCACUUCAUCGAGGGUGGUGACCUUGGCAACCGUGAGGACCACAUCAACGCCCUCAUCCGCCAGAUGAACUAA